AUGUGUACAGUGAUCAUCGACGGUGUCAAGCCUCUGCAGCCUUUCAUCCCCUGGAGCCUACGAGCCACUGUCUACGCCCACGAACCCAAGCUUGGCAAGUACAGCACGGAGCAUGUCAAACACACCUGCAUUGGCGCGGGUUCAAUGGAGUUGAGGCGGAUGGGGCCUACCCACCUCUCCAGCUACUGUGGCUCGCACACGCACACCAUUUACAACCUCACUCUUCGCCGUCCCGUCGUGGAAGGGUGCAAGCGUGGGACGAAGUGCACGGAGGACGUCGAGGUCAAGCAUGUGGGGCUGCUCGCUUGGGACCUUAUCCGUGCUCAUUCCAGAGACCCAAAGUGGAAGAGCACGCAACAGCACCUAUUUUGGGUAGGCACUGCCACCGUGACCUGGGCUGUCCAUAAAGGGCAACUGCCCUUUUGGGUAGUGAGCGGGGCGCCAGCUGCAGUGAUUACUGUGCCUUCAUACAUGAAGGUGGACUGUAACUUCUGGGAUUUAUCAUCUGGUGAUUCUGGACUCCGCUUGAGCGCGCGUCUCGGCACCGCACGGAGUCUGAACCUCCGUUCAGAUCCCGUCAAUUUGGCAGGGCGGCAGGCCCGUCAUGCCGUUUGGAGGUGCAACCGUGCGGAAUUUCCGGACGGUUGCACCUCCGAACGGCACACGGGCGCCAAACGCAGAACUCUGUGCCUCUGCACCCCUGUAUUCUUGCCAUCCAGCCCAGAUUUUCGAACAUCUGUCAUGCCUCAGCAAGACCAACCAGUCCUCCCCAAAGGUUUCCCUGGAGAACUUGAGUAUUCUGAAGGCAAAUGGAUCUACACCUCUGCUGCAUAUCCCUUUGGGAUCCCUGCAAGCAUCAUCUUGGAUGUACCUGGGGAGUGGGUCCCGGUGGCUAACUGCCCCGAGUCAGCUCCUCUGCUGUUCAAGGUGAAUGAGCACCUGCGUAACCCAUCCAGCGGAGAUGCGAACACGAUGUGCUACCUCACGUUAAUCAAUAACAGCGAGCGUGCCGCUGCUGUGACGACCGCGAGGAAGCUGCCGGAUUGGGAUCUCCCACACGUCUUGGAGGACAACACACGGGACAAAGGGUGGCACGUUCUGCGCCCAUGUGACUCGCUGUUCGCACUGCCUGUCUACAUUGUGUUGCCGGCCGGCCCAGGCUGGGACGAUGACAUCCUGCGCCAACAGAUCUUUGCCCAGAGGGACAUGCCCUUGGAGCUGCAGGAGCGCUACCUCAGCCUCCGUAGUGAGAUCAUUGGUCCGGUUGACCAGUGUUCCCGUGAGGCGCCUGUCAAGGAGGACAGGGGCUGGGUGAAAGGCACCAAGUUUGAGUGUCUCGUGCUCAACAAGGGCCUGAGAGGUACCGCUGACCGUAAGUGUAUCUAUGCUAUCACCCAGUCCCAGCAGGCCCAGAAUGGUGUCCUGUCCCCCAAUGUGGAGGCUAAGUCCUUCGUGGGUGGGGAUGGUAAGGAUGCAAAGAUACGUAGGGAGCUUGCAAAGGUGGGCGGUGAACUUGGAGUUCAUGUCAUCCACACCGUCCAGCCUGAGCUUCACCACCGCAUGGAGCUGCAGGCCAAGCUCCUCGGGUACUUCCGCCCGGGGAGUGUGGACAAUGUAUGCUUUGGUGGGAGCCAGCUCAACAUCUCCACGCCUGAUUACCUGACAGAGCUGCAGAAAGGGCCCAUGAACUUGUCAGAGUCUCUGGGCUUUUUUGGUGGGCUGCACCAGGAUCAGCAUGAUUCCAUAGGUGCGAUGUCUGUCAUGACCGUCUUCUCGAAGUUGCACGCGGGCAUCCACCCCGGGCUCUUCCUGUUUCCAGAGUCUUACACGUAUGUGAGACUCCCUGACGGUUUCGCAGAGGACGAGACGGAGAGGUCUAGCCUACUCACCGUCUUGUUCUCUGGCCUUCAUUGGCACAUGGGGAUGAGUCCGUAUGUCACGGACCCCUCUGUCGAGAUUGCAGAGGACGCACUGCGUCUUAACCAUAUCAUGUACCCCAUGAGCCGGGUCAUGGAUGGUCAGUCCAUGCUUGCGCUUGGUGCGCUUGCGCGGGACGUGCUGAAGGUCCCACCGGAGAUGUACAAUCCUAUGUAUGACCGGGACUUCAAGACGGAUACCAACAAGCUCAACUACGCUGUUGAUGGUCUCAACAUUGGGGACAGACGUACCGUUGCGUCUUUUUUGGCCGAUGUGGGCCCAUCUCUUGACCCAGACGCGUUCUUCAAAGCGUUCUCUGCGGUUGAUGAGGAGGGCCAGCCCAUCACAUUCUCUGACACGGAACUUGUUCCUGUCCUUGAACAUCGGCCUGACGAACCUGAGUACGUUCAUCCAUCCAUUGAUGAGCGCAGUGCUCAGCACAUUGUUGCCCUCCGCCAUGAAUUGGAGAUUCCCGACCCAGUGCCAGUGACGUGUCCUGGACGGUCCAAAGCACACAUGAAGUCCUCCAAGAGUGGACAGAAGACUGCGCAAGCCAAGGGCAGCGCUAAGCCGAAGAAGACCAAGGGCAAGAAGUGUGCGCACGAUGAGGAGGAUGGUGCAGAUGCUGAUAGCAGACCUGCACAGCGAGUGCAUCUGGACUUAGGAAACGAAGAUGCUCUUCAAGUCAUAGGCCGUCCACGUUGUUCAGCACGUGUGAUGGCCUUAGCAGGACCUGCAGCUGGUCAGGCUAGUGGGUCUGCUGAGCCAGCUCAGCGUGGAGGUGGUAGGACUUUGCGACCUUGCCGUGCCACUCGCCAUGUUUCUGAUGGAGAGGAUGAUCAAGCUCAGCCCUCUGUAGCUCUGGAUGACCUUAUGGGUCCACCUGCAGCGUCAUUGCAGGGUGUGGAUGAUGAAGAUAUGUUCUUUUUCAAAGUUGAUGAGAGUGUUGCUGAGUCUGAUGCAGCGGGUCCCUCUGGAAGUACAAGUGCAAACCCGUAUGCGGCGGUUCUUUCUCUCUUCACUGAGGGGAAGUUCCAUGCCAUGAACAAGAGUCUAGGCAAUGUUGCACGUGUUCUGAACGUGCAGCAGCCAGACUUAGCCUCUGUACCGUGCAAGAUGCUUGACCGGCUCUUUGACGCGAUGGAGGGUGAGGACUCUGCCGCUGCAUGCUCUGUUGAGUUUGCAGUUUUGUUGCAAAGUGCAAGUCCUUCAAACUGGUCUGCUCAGACCCAGUUUAAGCACGCUGAUUGGGUCCAGCACCUUAAGUGUGCCAUUCUGUGGUCUGAAGUCAUGCUCAUGAACUACUAUGCAUGGCUGUGGCUGGACCGUGUUGCGGUCAACUACUGCAACAAAGUCCUUGAAGGUGACUCUGACACUGAUGACUGGCUUGCACGUCUUGCACGUGCUGUGGACAAGGGCUUCCAGUCUUACAACUCUAUGAAGCUCCAGUGCGAGGACUUCCUCCCCAGUCUCCCACCGCGCUCUGCCACCAUCCCACAGACACGGUACCAGUUGCCUGAUCUGCGUCGUGGUGCAUCUAUCACUUUCAUCCAUGCAACCCUGCACACGUGGCUCGACUUCCCCACAAAGACUGCUUCCUACCUCCACUCUCUCUUCAUCCGCGCUAUCAUCUCUGCCUUCCGCACCUCUGAUGUCCUCCUUCUGGAUGGCAUCUGGGACAUCUACCUGCGCGUGGAGGCAUCUCUUCUCCUUCCUCAUGAGCACCAUCGUCUUGUCUCCUCCAACCGUCUGGAUGUGUUCUACUAUGAUCUCUGCCAGCUCCCAGUUCUCUCUCAGCCAAUGUUGCCCAAUGUGCAUGCAUUUGCUGAGUUCCUCAGACUUCGUGCCGGUGUCAUCCCAGCUCCCUCCACUCCAUCUUCCUCUGCUCCCCCUGCGCCUACCAUUCCCCUGCAGCUCACCAACUCUGACACUCACGGUCUUGAUGCACUCUUGGGCUUUGUCAUGGACUGCUAUGGCGUGCUCCCCCAUCUCCUGGAAGGUGCAAAGUUGACCAAGUCGCCAUCUGUUCUUCAGUGCUGGUGUGCGCAGAACGAUGACAAGUGCUUGCCUUUCCGGGAGCUCGCUAGGGGCCGUCGCGCGGUAACAUCUCCCUCUGGCCCCUUCCAUCCUGACAACAUAGGCAAGGUUGGCACCAUUGCCAGCGGUAUCCUCCACUGCUGCAUCACCUUUGGAGCCAAGGCCUCCUACCUCUCUCCCAACUUCUUCCCUUCUCUGGAGGACUUCAAGAAACUCGUCGCUGCUCACCCGGAGGACUACCUCUGUGACAAGUCAUGCUAUGGGACACACCAACCCCACUGGAGUUUGAAAGUCCAGUCCAGUCCAGUCUUUUGA